GGAGGCUAGUGCGCACGCGCCCUGGGUGCGCAGCAGUCACGUGCUGUGAAAGAUGGCGGCCUCCGGGGCGGUGGAAGAGAUGCGGAGCCGCGUGGUGCUCGGGGAAUUCGGGGUCCGAAAUGUUCAUACCACGGACUUCCCGGGAAAUUAUUGCGGCUUCGAUGAUGCAUGGGACCAGAGCCGCUUCGAAAAGGAAUUCCGCGUGGAUGUGGUGCACAUGGACGAAAGUUCGCUGGAAUUUGAUAUGGUUGGAAUUGACGCUGCCAUCGCCAAUGCUUUUCGGAGGAUCUUAUUAGCUGAGGUUCCAACUAUGGCUGUGGAAAAAGUCUUUGUAUACAACAAUACAUCCAUUGUGCAGGAUGAGAUACUGGCCCAUCGUUUGGGUCUCAUUCCCAUUCGUGCUGAUCCCCGGCUUUUUGAGUAUCGGAACCAAGGUAGGAGAGGAGAGAUUGGUGUAGGACAAAGGAGAAAGGUUGUGGGUUGGCAUAAAAUAACCCCUCUUUCCUGUGCAGGUGAUGAAGAUGGUACUGAGAUAGACACAUUGCAAUUUCAGCUGAAAGUCAAGUGUACCCGUAAUCCUCAAGCUGCCAAAGACUCCUCUGAUCCUAAUGAACUUUAUCUCAAUCACAAAGUAUACACAAAACACAUGACAUGGAUACCCCUGGGGAACCAAGCAGAUGUUUUUCCCGAAGGCACCAUUCGUCCUGUACAUGAUGACAUCCUUAUUGCUCAGCUACGUCCUGGCCAAGAGCUAGACCUAGUUAUGCAUUGUGUCAAAGGCAUUGGCAAAGACCAUGCAAAAUUUUCUCCUGUAGCCACUGCUAGUUACAGAUUGUUGCCAGAUAUCACUCUACUACAGCCAGUAGAGGGAGAAGCAGCUGAGGAACUGAGUCGAUGCUUUUCACCUGGUGUCAUUCAGGUGCAAGACAUUAAAGGAAAGAAAGUAGCCACAGUUGCCAACCCCCGUCUGGAUACCUUUAGCAGAGAGAUUUUUCGGCACGAAAACCUUAAGAAGUUGGUGCGGUUGGCCCGAGUCCGGGAUCACUACAUAUUCUCAGUGGAAUCAACAGGUGUCUUGCCCCCUGAAGUCCUGGUGAGUGAAGCCAUCAAAGUUUUAAUGGGGAAAUGUCGACGCUUCCUGGAUGAACUGGAUUCAGUUCAGAUGGACUGAAUUAUCUUGCAGAGACUUAGUGGCAGACAACAACUGGAUGGCAAGAUGGUUCACUUUAUGGAGAUGCCUCACUUUCCAAAUAAAUCCUGGGAAUUGAUUCCCUGAUAGUCUGGGUAUCUAAAAGACUCUUAAGAGAAUAUCAUUGGAAAUGGGAUUGCCGUCUUAUUGAUGGCACAGUUUCCCUGAGACUUCAAUUCAAAAGCAUUCUUGAUUUCGAAAAAGUAACGUCAACUUUGCAGUGAAAAGAUCUUGGCAUACAGAUUAUGUUCCCCAAAUCAAUGGGGAAAAGACAGGAAUUGGUGAACAAUAACCUUGGAAGUGCCACGGAAGUAUUAUGUACUAUGAGAAAGGCAGCUUGUAUAUUAAACUUGUGUAUCAAACUCAGAUUUUUUACUGACAUGCAGAAAUGUGCCUCAGUUAAUGUUUCUACAAAAAGCCUCUAAAAACAAUAAAAAAAAAACUAACAUGAAAUCACAAGAUGUUAAAAAUUAUCACAACACAAUAAAUACAACUGUUCCCUUCAUGGCCCCAAC